CGUGAUCUGCCUCUCGACACGCGAAAAGUACUUAACCCAUAAGCUCCCCCGCCAGCACCACGCUCUCGGCUUGCAACUCUCCAUCUACAACUCACACUUACGAACCCGCAUUCGUCCACAAUUACAGCCUCUCCAGUCUUUCAGACUCACACGCCACUUUUUUCCCACUUUUCCACCACCAAAAAAAUCUAUCAAAAUGACUGGAGGCGGCAAGUCCGGCGGCAAGGCUAGCGGUUCCAAGAACGCGCAAUCCCGUUCGUCCAAGGCCGGUCUGGCGUUCCCCGUCGGUCGUGUCCACCGUCUGCUCCGCAAGGGCAACUACGCCCAGCGUGUCGGCGCUGGCGCCCCCGUCUACCUGGCUGCCGUCCUCGAGUACCUCGCCGCCGAGAUUCUGGAGCUGGCGGGCAAUGCCGCGCGCGACAACAAGAAGACACGUAUCAUCCCCCGUCAUCUGCAACUCGCCAUCAGGAACGAUGAGGAGCUGAACAAGCUUCUGGGCCACGUCACCAUCGCCCAGGGCGGUGUCCUGCCCAACAUCCACCAGAAUCUCCUGCCCAAGCAGACCGGCAAGGCUGCCAAGGGCGCCAAGCAAAGCCAGGAGCUGUGAGCGUUGUGUUUGGUUUAUUUUCCGGUUGGCUUCGUCUGGGUGUCAUGACAUUAGGGUCACGGUUUCGGGUUUAUGGGUUGCUUUUUUGCGUUUAGGGUUGUACAUUAAUUCCCCACGGCAAAUGGUCAUGAAUUGAGCCUUUCUGAACAACAACUACUGCUUAUUCUUCUCUACGAUGUCCUGUGUUCUUCUCCGCUUUGCGAUCUGAGUCCUAGUCGAAACCGCUUGCUUUUUGGCCUCCCACUGUUGCCUCCGUAUACUU